AUGUCAGCCACACUCGCUCCUUAUUUAAAAGCUGUUCGAUCGAGUCUUACUGCCUCUAUGUGCAUUCAAAAUUUCGACUCUCAGCUCGUUGAGCGAUACAACAAGCCAGAAGUUGAAAUAUCAAGCGGCAAAGAAAUUGAGCUGACUCCUCUUGUUAUCGCGCGAAAUGAAAAAGAGAAAGUCCUCAUCGAAUCUUCUUUCAAUUCCAUCCGCGUUUCUAUCAUGAUCAAGCAGGCAGAUGAGCUAGAAGAAAUCCUAGUGAACAAAUUCAGCAGAAUUUUGAUGCAGCGAGCAGAGAAAUUCGCGAUUAUGAGAAGAAAACCCGUCCCUGGUUACACUAUUUCCUUCUUGAUCACCAAUAUCCAUACUGAAGACAUGUACAAAAACAAACUAGUGGACUUCAUCAUCCAAUUCAUGGAAGAAGUGGACAAAGAAGUGUCCGAUUUGAAGCUCGCCGUCAACGCGAGAGCCCGAAUUUGCGCCGCCGAGUUCCUCAAAAACUUCUGA